GGUUGCCGUUCAUGGUCACCGCAGAGGGUCUGGAGCUGAUAAUCGCCACAAACUUCCUGGGCUCUUUCCUCCUCACCAACUUACUGCUGGGCUGUCAAGGUUGCUGGUUCCUAGGCAACGUGAGAUAAGGGCUGGAGCCGAGCUCAGCCAGUUUCUCUGUGUAUGUUUUUCUGUGGGGGGUUUUGGUUCUUGAAGAAGCAGCAGCUUUCUGUGUGUUCUCUUGCUGUAUGGGAAAACGAAACUUAAGCUUACAUGCCUUAAUGUCCUGAGUAAAUGGACUCUUAAACUAUCUCUUGCCUCUGGAGUUUCUUGACCAACUUAUACUCUAAUGUAACAGCGCUUACAACGCAAAUACCGCACACAUCAACAGGGUUAUGGGCCCAGAUCCAGCGCACGUUACAGAGUGAGUAAGUGGUCUGAGCUGCAGACUGAGUUCCAGAGAGCAGCGUGAUUGAUUGUGCCAGACAGAGCGAAGAUGGCUGUAAACAUGGAAAGGCUUAUGGAAAAUAAUUACGCCAGCUGGAAGAUGAGAAUGCGGGCUUUCCUGAUAAAAGAGGAUUUAUUUGAUGUUAUUGAAGGGACCCCACCGGUACCACCAACAGCGGCCUGGAAGCGCAAAUAUGAGAAGGUGCAGGCUUUUAUUACCUUGGCUCUAUCCGAUUCUCAACUGAUGUACGUGAGAGAUGAACCUUCAGCCAGACGUAUGUGGGACGCGUUGCAGGAUUUGUCCCAGGAGUGGCAGCGGAGACAGGAGGCGAAAAAGGCCGAGCCGAAGGAAGCUGUCAGAAGCAAGCAGGAGCAGCAGCGGCUGAAAACUUGUUAUUUUUGUGGAGCGCGUGGGCACAUUCAAAGAGACUGUGCAGUCAAGCAAAGAAACAGAGAUGGAGGCUGGAAGCAGAGCAGUGUGAACUUUGUCAGUGCAGAAAAGCCUCAUUUUAUGGAGACGGACUGGAUUUUGGACAGCGGAGCGUCCCAUACCCUCGUAAAGGACCCUAGUUUAUUUCACACGGCAAGAGAGGUGCAGGACUCUGUUCUUUUAGCUGAUGGAUCAAGACGAAUUGUCAAGGCGCGAGGAAUGGUGAAACUGAAUAUCAUGAAGGCAUCAGCUCCUGCCCGCAUUGUGAAUGUGUCCUCCUUCCGACACCACCACGGGAAAGUGAAUGUAAAGUACUUGAAUGGAAAUGAGCAGCCAAAGUCCUUUGACCAUGCCUACAACAGUACCAAGCUCAUGAAUGUUGUCUUCACCACUGAGUUGGCCCGGAGACUGCAGGGGACAGGAGUGAUUGUCAAUGCUCAGAAUCCAGGUGCUGUCAAGACUGAGAUCUUGCGCAAUUAUAGCUGGUGGGCCCGCCUCCUCUUCAACAUCCUUGGCAUUUUCUUCCUGAAGGCGGCAAAAGACGGAGCCGUCAGCACGCUGUACUGUGCCAUUUCCGAGGAAGUCGAGGGCAUCACCGGCAAGUACUUUGACAGUGACUGCAGCCUGACUCUGCCCUCUCCCAUCGCUCAAGACCCUGGCAUUGGCAGCAAACUCUGGGAUGCUUCAGAGAAGCUGACAGGCCUUGAAAAUGGUGGAAGGAAGCCAGCCGGCCACACACUGUCGUAGGCCAGCCCACAGGGUCACUCUACUCCAUCCCAGCCGUCGGUGGCAAGAGCUAAGCUGGACUGUUCUCUGCUGCAAGCAAUGAACCUGGAUGCACUCUCUCAGUCCUUUAUUUCUGGCAAGGUUUUGCAGACUGUUUAGGACCUUAAUGGGACCGCGGGGAAACUCACUAGCACAGGUGAUCCAGGCGGCUUUCCCUUGCCCAUGCACUGUCAUUGCAAGGCCCUUUAAGGGUGGCUUCCAUUUGUGCACUGGCAGCUGCGUUUCUGUCUGCCCAACACCUGAAAGCAGGCGCAGGGGACGUGGGUGUGGCUUGGGCAGGAGGUGCCUUAACCCUCAGCUUAGGUGUUUGGAUAUGCACGUCUUGCUUGUGCAGUAACGACUCCACAGGACCCCUGCUGUUGCCCCUUGAAAUGCAUGGUCCCCUGAAGCCCUUAGUUACGCUGGAUUUAUUUAUAUAAUCUUUCAUCUUCAGUUGUCUUUCUCUGCUGCGCACACAACCUCGUAUUUUAUUGUAUUGCAGUUGUCAGGUUUAGGGAUUGGUUGUGAGUUUUGUUUUGUUUAGUUCUAAUGCUGCUGUAUAGCGAAGGAGCAGGGUACAAAUCCUCUUUAGCAGUGUGACAGCCUGGCCUGAUCUUCAUGUUCUCUCCCUUGUACACCUUGCCAGCUUGAUGGGACUCCUGCCUUACCUGCUCGCAUUAUAUCCAGGCCUUGAAGCUUGGCCAAAUUAAUAAAGCGCAGGGAUCAUAGAAUCAUAGAAUAGUAGAGUUGGAAGGGGCCUAUAAGGCCAUCAAGUCCAACCCCCUGCUCAAUGCAGGAGUCCAAAUCAAAGCAUUCCCGACAGAUGGCUGUCCAGCUGCCUCUUGAAUGCCUCCAGUGUCGGAGAGCCCACUACCUCUCUAGGUAAUGGCUCUAACAGUUAGGAAGUUUUUCCUGAUGUCCAGUCGAAAUCUGGCUUCCUGCAACUUGAGCCCAUUAUUCCGUGUCCUGCACUCUGGGACGAUCGAAAAGAGAUCCCGGCCCUCCUCUAUGUUACAACCUUUCAUGUACUUGAAGAGUGCUAUCAUAUCUCCCCUCAGUCUUCUCUUCUCCAGACUAAACAUGCCCAGUUCUUUCUGUCUCUCCUCAUAGGGCUUUGUUUCCAGUCCCCUGAUCAUCUUUGUUGCCCUCCUCUGAACCCGUUCCAGUUUGUCUGCAUCCUUCUUGAAAUGUGGAGACCAGAACUGGACGCAGUAUUCAAGAUGAGGCCUAACCAGUGCUGAAUAGAGGGGAACUAGUACUUCAUGCGAUUUGGAAACUAUACUUCUGUUAAUGCAGCCUAAUAUAACAUUUGCCCUUUUUGCAGCCACAUCACACUGUUGGCUUAUAUUCAUCUUGUGAUCACCGGCAAUUCCAAGAUCCUUCUCACAUGUCAUACUGCUGAGCCAAGUAUCCCCCAUCUUAUAACUGUGCAUUUUGUUUCUUUUUCCUAGGUGUAGAACUUUGCACUUUGCAUCCCUGUUGAAUUUCAUUCUGUUAUUUUCAGCCCAAUGCUCCAGCCUAUCAAGGUCCCUUUGAAUUCUGUUUCUGUCUUCCACGGUAUUAGCUAUGCCCCCCAACUUUGUAUCAUCUGCAAAUUUGAUAACCGUGCUUUGUACCUCCUCAUCCAAGUUGUUAAUAAAAUGUUAAAGAGCACUGGGCCCAGGACUGAGCCCUGUGGUACCCUACUCGUUACUUCUGCCCAGUUUGAGAAGGCACCAUUGAUAAGCACUCUUUGAGUACGAUUCUGGAGCCAACUGUGGAUCCACCUGAUAGUUGUUCCAUCCAGCCCACAUUUAGUUAUCUUGCUAAUCAGAAUAUCAUGGGGCACUUUGUCAAAAGCUUUGCUGAAGUCGAGAUAUAUUAUGUCCACAGCAUUCCCACAGUCUACAAGGGAGGUUACCUGAUCCAAAAAUGAGAUGAGUUUAGUUUGGCAGGAUUUGUUCUUCAUAAAUCCAUGUUGGCUCCUAGUAAUCAUUGUAUUGCUUUCAAGGUGCCUACAGAUUGACUGCUUUUAUAUUCUGCUCCAGAAUUUUUAAAGGGAUUCAAGUGUGGGCAUCAUGAAGGACUGCAAACGCUUGUAGGGAAAGGACCCCCAGAUGCACAAGAACCAAAGCUGUCCUGAUGAAGAGCUGAGAAUGAGAGACCAAGCAGAUAACCAUGCAAAGAUGUUACCGGGCAAUGUGGAACUUGAGGUGUCUGUGGGUGUCUGACUCUGUGCCUCUCCGUCUGUCUGUGACAGUGGGGCAAAUGUGAGGCCAGCAGCUCCAAAAGAACGGGAGCCCAUGGUUGCUCAGUUGCUAUCUGAGAACAAGUAGUUUUAGUAGCCAUGUUAUUAGAAUGAAAUGGAGAACCCUGGAAGGAGAGAAAAGGGAAUCCAGCUGGCAGGCUGGAUAAUAACAGCUGAUAACUGAGUUGUCUGGGUGCUUUGCCCAGUUUUAGCACACUUUUCUUACUUCUGCCUUUUUUUAAAAAAAGGCCUUGAAAUCUCCAUAGUUUGCCUUUCCUUUUUCUGUAGCAACUUUCCUAAGUUGCAUCUUUCCUGUGCUGGGUUUGCUUGAGAUCGGGUAGUGCCUAGAAGUUAUUCCCUGCAAAUACAACUACACAGUAAGUGUGGGUGAAAGAAUCUUCCUCUCCCCAAAAGGUAAAAGUGAAAACUUUGCAAGGAGGCUUUGCAGGAGCUAAAGACCAGGGACUCGUUAAGAAUUCAGUGUAUAGUUAACUUACAGUACAGUGGGAUACAUGACUACUUGGAAGUCUCUUUGUGUUUAAUGGGACUUACUUCUAGGUAAGUGGCUACAGGAGGGCAGCCUAGGCUUUGGUUUAGGGUUGGCACUGGGGAAAAACAGGGCUCUUGCACCUUUAACAGCUUUAUGCCAGGCAGAAAUUCAACAAAGCCUUUUCUAGUAUGGAAAUGGACUUAUGGGAAGCUUCACCAUGACUACUCUGUAAUUUUGUGUUAUGCCACACCACUAUGGUAGCUAUAUUGUGACUCGUGCCCCAGCACUCUCUCAAAAUUUGAAAUGUACUCUCUGGUCCAAAAAGGUUGGUGGCCCGAUCUAGUCUGCUUCAUACAGAACUAUGUAAAAUAUUUGCUUCAUCGUGGCCGGGGAGAGGUCCCACUAUGCCACACUUACAUGUUGAGAUUCAGGGUUAUCUUAUGCUCUACUAUACCAUUUCCUCUUUUUAUGAAAACUUUAAACAAAAUAAGAAUUCUGGUGAGCAGGGUCAUGGGCCGGGCAGGGGUCAAGGGAAUGCACAGGAGUUGGGGCAGGGGCCCCUUGCUUUGUGGGGGCCUGAGGAAAAUUGCCCCAGAUGCCCUCUCCCCCCUAUGCAGCUCUGCAGCUUUGCAGUAUUACCAAGGUGCAUGGCUUGUGCAGGACUGCAAAACGCCACAGUGCAACAGGCUCUCUACUCCCAGACUUUCCUCCAGCUGUGCAUAGGAAAAGAGCCCAGAAUGGUCUACCUCUCGAACUUGCUGCUCCACUUCCAGUGCAUUCCAGCUCCAUUUCUAAGACCCCAAUGAAGUCUCUGCCAUGGGGUGCAGGUGGCUCUCAAAGGAUGACUCAUGGAGUUGCAGGCCUAUAUUCUUGGUUAUGUUCAGCAGACACACAAAACGGCUCCUGCUGCAAGGUCUCCUCCCUAAUUGCCCAGAUCACCCACCUCUAAGACUGGCCUUGGGUCCAAAGUUCCCCCACACCUGCUUCACAACUUUUCUAGCAUAAAUGAAAGGAAUUGCCUUCAUCUGUGUUGCAGGCGCCAGCUCUUGCCAUUCCCCUCCCCCUCCCAGCACCGAUGCAUUGUCUUUAUUUCCUUAUAACUGUUUAUAACCAAAAAGGUCAAUCUUCUGUGUAACAGAAAUGUCUUCUGAGAUGUUAUAAUAAAUAUAUCUGACCCAUUUUGUUUUAAAUCUUCA